UUGCUCUCAAAAUGCUGAAGUGCAGUGUGGAAGUGGCCGGAGCUGCGGGAGUUGGAGUCGGUCCUCGGGCCUGAGCCUCGAGGCCGCGCUCCCGGUGUCGUUGAUGUUUGGGGCCGACGGGCGCCCAGCGAUCGGAGCCGCUGCCGCCGCCGGGAAGAGCUGGCAUUUCAGUCGAACAAUGGAAGAGCUUGUUCACGAUCUUGUCUCUGCACUGGAAGAGAGUUCCGAGCAAGCCCGAGGUGGAUUUGCUGAAACCGGAGAUCAUUCUCGAAGUCUGUCUUGCCCUCUGAAACGCCAGGCCCGGAAAAGGAGAGGGCGCAAGCGGAGAUCCUAUAAUGUUCACCACCCAUGGGAGACUGGCCACUGCUUAAGUGAAGGCUCUGAUUCUAGUUUAGAAGAACCAAGUAAGGACUACAGAGAGAAGCACAGCAAUAAUAAAAAGGACCGCAGUGACUCUGAUGACCAAAUGUUAGUGGCGAAGCGGAGGCCAUCUUCAAACCUAAACAACAGUGUUCGAGGUAAGAGACUUCUGUGGCACGAGUCUGAUUUUGCAGUGGACAGCCUUGGGAACAGAACUGUCCGCCGGAGGAGGAAGGUGAAGCGCAUGGCGGUGGACCUCCCGCAGGACAUCUCCAACAAAAGGACAAUGACCCAGCUGCCGGACGGCUGCAGAGAUCAGGACAUGGACAACGAGAGAGCUAGCCAGUAUCCAGAGUUUACCCGGAAUAAAGUUAAGAAAAGGAAGUUGAAAGUGAUUAGGCCAGGACCAAAAACCCAGGAGGAAGGAGUAGUUUUGGAAAGUGAAGAAAUACGGCAGACCAACAAGGACAAAAUGGAGUAUGAGGAGCAGAAAGCCUCGGAUGAGCUCAGGAGCGAAAGUGACUCCAGCAGCCUCAGCAGCACUGACGCGGGCUUGUUCACCAACGAUGAGGGAAGACAAGGUGACGAUGAGCAGAGUGACUGGUUCUAUGAGAAGGAGUCUGGAGGAGCGUGCGGCAUUGCUGGAGUCGUGCCCUGGUGGGAAAAGGAAGACCCAACAGAGCUGGACACCAACUUGCCUGACCCUGUGUUUGAGAGUAUCUUAAGUGGCUCUUUUCCUCUCAUGUCGCAUCCUGGCAGAAGAGGGUUCCAAGCUAGACUCAGUUGCCUUCAUGGAAUGCCUUCAAAGAAUAUUAAAAAAUCUGGAGGGGCUCCGCCUUCAAUGAUGUCUGCUCCUGGGCCCGUCAGUAACAAGAGGAUGGUACAUGUCUCCCCAGACACCCGUCAGCAUGACCACUGGUUUAGCCCUGGGGCUAGGACAGAGCACGGCCAGCAUCAGCUUCUGAGAGAUAACCGAGCGGAGAGAGGACACAAGAAAAACUGCUCCGGGAAAACAGCCAGCAGGCAAACAAGCUUGCAUUUAGGAUCCUUGUGCACAGGAGAUGUCAAAAGGAGAAGAAAAGCUGCCCCGUUGCCCGGACCCGCUGCAGCAGGAAUUGUGGGUGAAAACGCCCAGCCAAUCCUAGAGAGCAACAUCGGGAACCGCAUGCUUCAGAGCAUGGGAUGGACACCCGGGUCAGGCCUUGGGCGAGAUGGCAGGGGGAUCUCGGAGCCAGUUCAAGCCGUUCAGAGGCCGAAAGGGUUAGGACUUGGAUUUCCUCUACCAAAAAGCACCCCCACCAGCCCUGCCCCCACAGGAAAACCUGCCUGAGCAGAAAGGCAGAGAAGAGAACCACAGUUUCUGUUGCUGUGCCCCAUUGGUAAACCAUGACCAGAGAGCGUACUGGUCUGAAGCUGACUUCGGUGUUGCCUCCAGCUAGCUUCUAGGCUGCAUAGUGUCCCACCACAGUGACAGAAACGGGAAUCCACCACAACUCACGGUGCUGACGUUCAAGCCUCAACCCUUACCUUUCCUCGGUUUCUAGACAUGAAGAAGAACAGUUGGUCUCUUAUUUAUUUCUUUCUGCUGCCCUGCACAAUCCAUGUGGGUGCACCAUGCUCGGACCAGUCGAGGACACCCAGUGGGUCGGAGAGGAUCGCAUCCUCAGGAUGCCUACACUAAGUAGUUCUGGCCUCACCACUCCUCACGUGCUCCUCUCCCACAUGCAGCGAGUCCUAAGCACGUCCGGGAAGGCUUGGUAAGCUCACAUUCCUUUGCUUUGGCUCUGAUGCAGGUUUGUAACAAUGAUGCCCAUUACUUUUUUCAGUUGUGUAGCAUAAAUUCACAGUGGAGAGAUAGCAGUCAGCGUUUCCCUCUGACAUCGCUGCCACCGCCGCCGCCGUCGCUGCCGCUGUCGUCGUCAUCGUCGUCGUCUCGUCAUUCCGCCGUGUCGUCACGCCAGUGCAGAGCUUAUACACUUUACCUCGUUUAGGACAGAAAGUCAUUACUAAAAGAAAAUGUAUUUUUAAAUUCAUCCUGACUGAACUGUACACCCUGCCUUCCAGAUCUCUACCUCUUCCCAAAGGCCAGGGUUUAAGGAUCAGCUCCAAGAUGAAGAAGAGCGGCGGCUCAAGGCUUAGUCACUGAAGUAAAUUAUUCAACUCUUGAGUCAGUUUAUUUGAAGAUUUAAAUAGCUUUUCCCAAAACUGAGAUGUCUGGCAGUGGCCUAACCUACUUACCAAGAACAGGAGACGCUGCGGACCAGUCAUUCUCAAACUAAGACAGUUUCAAAUGAAGCAAGACACAGUGUUCCUUCCAUUCCAUUUCCAAGUCAUUCUCUUCAUAAUGUCAGAAUUUUUAAGUUGUUCUUUGUUCAGAAAAUACUGAUUUAUUAUAAUGUUCAUUAAAAACCCUGAUAACUAUUAUUACUUACAGUGGCCUCCUUUGCUUCAGAAAAGGUUAGGAUAGCCCAUACUAGUAUACCCUUGAACAAAGCAGUAUAAACUUCAAUUUUGUAAACUGAAAAUUUUUUAAAAUAUUUAAGGCAAUAGAAAAGGUUUCAGCAGGUUAACAAGCUUUCCUCCGUGAUCCUCUAUAAAAAAUGCAGCCUCUGUAGUCUGGCAAACAUCUGCAUUUCUCUAGGGACUGGCUUCCCUGAGAAGUGGCCCUGGUAAGAAGUGGGCUGGCUAGGACACAGGGCGACAGCUGUGUGUGCCUCAGGGAGCCCUUGCGUUGGGGAGAGCAUUGCUGGCGGCACAAGCUCGUCACCAGCAAACUGCCAUCUUUAGAAGCUGUCUUUCUAAAUGCUUACUGUAUUCACGUAGGCAGGAAGAUCGAAGAGAGUAAUCGUGUACUGGACUCAAGGGUCUAGUCCACACUUGUUUGCUCGUCUUUGAAUUUUAUUUCUUGAUGGUCUUGUAAAGCCUUAGGAGAGGACUUUUAAAGAAAGGCUCAAUUUGGAGCCAGUGAGAAGCAGCGAGGUCACUGCACGCAUAGCCGCAGGCUCCAGAGGAAGUGGCUACUGUGUCCUUACCCUGUCCUAGAGGAGGCACAGGAGCGGCCCACGUGCUGAGGCAGUAUGAACCCUCUGCUGCGGCUCCUGCAGCAAGGUCCUCAUGAACUGCUGUGACACCAGAGUUCUGCUUUCACACAAGAAAACUCUUGCCUCACAGGUGACUGGGGACAGUUCACAUCCUGCUGGUGUUUCUCCUACUUACCAAGAAUGAGUGCCAGCCCUCAGCCACCGUCAGCUGCCCAUACCCAGAUGUGACGCUCUGGUAUACCUGGCCAUAGCUGAGAAGUAACCACAAUUAAAAUAGGAAACUUUCUUGUAAAUUAGACGUCUGCUUAAGACAUGAAUCCCACUGGUUUACAUUUAAUAAAGAUUAAAAAAUUAUUGUCUGUUCAAGUCAGUUCAUGGUGCCUACAUCGAUGGAGUUCAUGAUUUUAAAUGUAUCAUUCAUAUCAUCUUUAAAUAGUCUGAAGAGGUUUCCUCUGCUUCCUCCUGGAUCCACCCUGCUAUUCUGCAAGCCAGUCAGUCAGUUAGGGUCUCCUCCCUUCCCAUCUACUCCCUAUGGUGGCCAAAGAAUCUGAGCAUGGCUGUGUUUGCUGUGACUCCAGUGUGUGUCUUUGAUGUCAGUCAGAUGUGGGCUACUGACAUUUCCUCCGUUCUUCUCCUAAAUGAGAUGUAUAAGGCUGAAUUCCCCUCAAAUUCAUUUCUUUUUGUUUUUAUAUGAUCUAGUGACUUUAAACGUGGCCAGCUAUGUGAACACCUAUAUUCCCAGAAGUUGGGAGAUUGAGGCAGGAUUUCCAUGAGCCCAAGACCAACCUAGGCUAUAUAGUAGUUCCAGGACAGACAGGGCUAUAUAGUGAUACCUUGUCUCAAAAAUAAAUAUCAAUGGAAACCCAAGUGCAACUUGCGCGUGAAUUGGGCACCAUGUUGGAACAGUGGUUUGGGACUCCUGGCUGUAGUGAUUAAGCCGAGGAAAAGCUGAGAUGGCAGGGUCAGAUGUGCAUGCUUGAAUAUGUGUACACAUGGGUGUGUUUGCAGUGUGCAGACGGGAAUGAGAAGUUCUGCCCUUCAUUCAUGUUCAACAUUUCAGAUUGGUAUUCAGUGCAUUUCCUUUUGAGCAGAUGUUUUGCAAGCAAGUAAUUGUUGAAAUACUUUUAAAACCAUUUUAACUUGUAUUUUGCCUUUCAGAAAGAGAAAUGAUCUAAAUUGGUACUGUAAAAUAAAGUUGUUAGCAAGGAAUACUUUAAUUUUUUUUUUGUAAAAAACUUAUUGGCUCAACAAACAAGUGAAAGAAUAAAGCAUAAUGAGAACAUUA